AUGUCGCAAAAUCGUUUUGUACAUCAAACUCUCUUAGAACAUCAAGAAGCCAAUCGAAGGCCAAUAGAUGGUUAUGAAGAUUCACCCAUUCUUACAUUAGAAGAAGCUGUGGAAAAACUAAUUCCAUUCGUUCCCGAUAUCUUAGUUUAUGCUACAACAGCUAAAAAUCGAUGUAAUCAACGUUCAAACUUGUUAACGCAAGAUGAAUCAGCGGCAAUAUAUCUUUACUCGAUGGCAUCACCUUUUUUUUCUUCUCUCAACGAAGCACUUCGAUCUGAAAAUCGACAUGCACUUAAACCAUGGUUUCCCUACUUAAAAUUGUUUAUGACGGCUCUCAAUAAAUUCCCAUCAGUUAAAGCACAUGUUUGGAGAAGUGUUUACGGUGAUAUCGGUUCAGUCUUUGUUAAAAAUAAAAUCGAGAUUUGGUGGAGUAUCAUUUCAACUUCGAUGGAUCUGAAAAUUGUUCAACCAUUUCUAAAUGAACGAGGCACUUUGCUCGCUAUUGAAACUAUGCAUGGCAAAGAUAUCUCCCAAUUUUCUGCACGUCCAGACGAGAAAGAAGUUAUUUUAAUGCCUGGAACUCGUGUGCGAGCCAAAACCGAAACAACCGAUUUCAAAAACUGUCUCUCCAUUGUUCACUUAAAAGAAGUAACUCCUGAAAGUGAAUCACAGUCUGAGUCAAACCAACCAUUUGAAUCAAUAAAACAAGAAUAUAAACGAACUGGUCAACUUGAACGUCUGACGAAUCCAGCAAAAUUCUAUCCAAUUGAGGAGACUUACAUUAAUUUAGCCAUCGUCGAUACUAAAACACAACAACAAAAAGAAAAACAACUUCGUGAUGCUUCCAACAAUGAUGCUAUAAUGGGAAGUUUUGAAGAGAUUUAUGGGACAAAAAUUACAAUAGAUAUCAAAAAUAUUUUUAAAAUAUGUAAAAAUCUAGAAAAAAAAGUACUGGUAUUCGGACGUGCUGGAAUUGGGAAAUCCACAUUUUGCCGAUAUAUUGCUUAUCAAUGGGCGAUGGGUUUAUGUUGGACACAAUAUGAAUUAUUGGCUUUAAUUCCAUUACGUCGCUUAACAACUAAUCGAUAUCCUCCUUUAUCAAAUGGUCAGAACUAUUCUUUGCUUGAUCUUGUGAAAAAAGAAAUUUUUUCAUAUAAUCUAUCUGAAAAUGAAGACAAACUUUUGAGAAAAUAUUUUGAUGCAAAAAAGACUUUAUGGAUCUUGGAUGGAUAUGAUGAAAUUAUACAAAAUGUACCACCACAUUUAGAAUGUUUAUUCGACCAAUUACUUAAAACUCCACAUCAUAUUUUAACAUCCCGUCCAUAUCAAAAUUCAUUAGCCUAUCACGUACAAAUGGAAAUCACAGGAUUUACAGACGAUAAUAUUGAGCGAUAUGUAGAGCAAUUCUUUGAUCAGAUGAAAGAUGAAUUAGACAAUUCUUUGAACAAAAGUCAAAAAUUAUUCAGCUUCUUACAGACUAAUCCAUCUAUCUGGGGUGUUGCACAUAUUCCAGUGAAUUUGGAACUGGUAUGUGGUCUUUGGAGUAACGAAGAUUUUACAGAAACAAAUGAAUUAACAAUAACAUCAUUAUACACAGCGAUGAUAGAAUGGUUAUGUCGACGAUAUUUAUCAAUGCCAAAUAAAAAAAUUCAAAAUUUAUCUAAAGACGACGUUGAUCAACGCUGUGAAAAAGAAUUAGCAUUCUUAGAAAAUCUUGCCUUCAAUGGAAUGAAGAGCAAUACUAUAAUUUUACGACCAAAUCUACUGAGAAAAGCACUAACUGAAGAAAAAAUCUCUUUACAUAACCAUCCACAUAUACUCAAUAUGGGAGUUCUCAAAAGUUUUAAUAAACAAAGUAUCGAUACUCAAAUUGAAACGGACAAAGAUCAUUAUUUUGUGCAUCUCAGUUUUCAGGAAUAUUUUGCAGCACGAUAUUUGAUUAAAGCUCUCAAAGACUCUUCAAUUCAACCAGAAACAAUCCAGUUUAUUCAACGCGAAAAAUACAAUCAACGUUAUGCAUUAGUCUUUACUUUUCUAUCCGGUCUUUCUAAUGAGGCUGAUUCAAACACAUGCCUAAGCGUCUCUUGGGGAUUUAUAUUAACACCGCCGAUAGAUCUUCUUGGAAUAAGACAUAUGCAACUUGUUAUUUCUUGCAUUCAAGAGACAUCAAGCCAAUCAACUAUUCCACAAUACACUUUACUGAUAGAAUGGAUAGCAAAAUACAUUGAAUAUAAUUUGUCUACAGAAAACAAUAUUAUUCCUGAAUGUCUUGUACAAUCAUUAAGAAGAGCACCAUCGGUCACAAGCAGUCAACGAAUUAUAAAUGCAAUUACCAAUCUACUUCAAAAUGAUGAUUCAAAUAUCAAAAUCGCAGUGUUCUCAUUCAUUUCCAAAGUGAGCAGUUCGAAGCUAGCGACUGCACUGAUUAAUUUAGUGACUAUCGCACUAGAUGAUCAAAACGAGACGGUGAGAUCCUAUGCAUGCGAAACUUUCAGAAAAAUGGGUAAAAACGAAGUGACGAGUGAGGCGUUCACUAAGUUAAUUAGUGCAUUAGAAGAUAAGAGUAAAAACGUCAGAGCCUGUGCAUGCAAAGCUCUCGGAUAUAUAGGUAAAAAAGCAGCGACGAAUGAAGUGAUUACUAAACUGGUGAGUGCAUUAAGAGACGAGAGCGAAGAGGUCAGAUCAGGCGCAUACGAAGUUCUCCGCGACAUGGGUGAAAAAGCAGUGAUGAAUGAACUGAUCACUAAACUGGUGAGUGCAUUAGAAGAUGAGAGCGACGAGGUCAGAUCAAGUGCAUGCGAAGCUCUCGGGAAUAUAGGUGAAAAAGCAGCGACGGAUGAAGUGAUUACUAAACUGGUUAGUGCAUUAGAAGAUGAGAGUAAAGACAUCAGAGCCUGUGCAUGUAAAGCUCUCGGAAAAAUGGGUAAAAAAGCAGCUACGAUUGAAGUAAUCACUAAAAUUGUGGAUACACGUGAAGAUGAUGAAGCAUUGUCUUCUGAAGCUGCAGAUGCUAUAGAUGGUUUUUUUCAAUCAUCAGCCGAAGCGAUUGCUUCUUCAAUGCUAAUAUCAAAACUGUGCGUGCGUGGAAGACCAUUAGAGUGCUUGAAAAAUGUUUCACUGGAUGAAUUAAUCAUAGAGUUUUUCGAUACUGAAGAUGCUGCUUGGUUUUUGACGGCAAUUAAGAUAACACACCAGAGAGAUGCUGCUAUAACGAUCAUUGAAGAUAAAUUGAUAGUGUAUGAUAAAGGAGAGCCAAUAGAACUACGUGCUCCAAAUUUGGAACUACACAAUGAACUCAUUAAAGCGUUUACUGAUACGGCAAAAGCACUGCAUUUAUCUUUUAGGAUACCGUCAAAUCCAGAAGAUUGA